CCAGAGGUAGGUAAUCUGUGGCACUACAAUUCCCAUCAACCCUAGCCACAAUAAAUUGUGACUGGAGGGGAUGGGAAUUAUAGUUCAAUAACAGCUGGAGUGCUGAAGGUUGCCUACCCCGGCUUAGACCAGGCCUGCUCAACGUUGGCCCCCCAGCUGUUUUUGGACUACAACUCCCAUAAUCCUCAGCCACAGUGGCCCAUAGCCAAGGAUUAUGGGAGUUGUAGGCCGGCAUCUUCAGGAGGGCCGAAGUUGAGCAGACAGUGGCUUUGUGAUAGAGACAAACGGCUUAGAUGGAGGCACGGACUUUAAGGGUGAGGUUUUAUAGGGCCUGGUGGGCAGGGUUUGGUCCCUCGAGGUCAGCUGACCCAAUGUCAGACAGCCUGGUACUGCAGCCUAGAUGGCGCUCUUGAAUCCCAGAGUUCCCUCUGCCAGGCGGCAGUGGAAAUGGAGAGCUUGUAAUGCAGGGGCCAAAGCACUGAUCCCCGAUUGUGGAGAGCCGCAUGUUAAGGAACCUAGGAAGCUACCUUACCCUGAGCCAGUCUCUUGGUCCAUCCAGCUCAGAAUGGUCUCUACUGACUGACAGUGGCUCCCCAAGAUUUCAGCGUGUGCCCCGCAGAAGAACCCCCUUUCGAAGAUAACUCAGUGGACCUCAUCACAGCCUUUGCUGCGGCCCACUGGUUCAACACGCCCAUCUUCAUGAGAGAAGUGGACCGCGUCCUCAAGCCGUCGGGCUGCGUGGUCCUCUGCUCCUACACCACCGGCAUGCAAUUGCACUACGAAGAUCGUACAGAGAAGCUGAUGGAAAUCUUUGCUGAGAUGCGAGAUUUGAUUUACAUGUAUGCGGAUGAAAAGAUCAAGAUUGUUGUGAACGACUACCAAGAGAUAUUUGAUUCCUUGCCAUUUCCGGACAAAGAAAGCAUUCCGUUACUUUCCAGGAUCAAUACUGUUGAUAAAGUUCCCAUGAGCAUUGGUGAUCUGAUGGGAUAUAUCGAGUCACUCUCUCCAUACCAAACAUUUUUAAGAGUCCAGCCGGAUGCAGCCAAAUCUCGUCUCCAAAAGACUGCAGAAAGGGGUUUCCGGUCGUCUUUUCAGUCCCGUCCGGAUAGACAAGACAAGCUCCCUUCCUGGAAGAGGCCACAACAGCCCUUUCGUGACAGCUCCCAGUCCAGGUUCCGGCAGUCUGGACAGCAGCAGAAACCCGGAUUCAAGCACCAGGCAUCCCAGGGACGGUUACCUGGGAUCCCAGGUGGGAGGCAGACUUCAGUUCUUGUCCCAGGCUUGGGCAGAGACCUGCUCGGACGCAUGGGUUCUCCAGACCGUGACCCACGGGUACAGCCUGGACUUGUUGUAUUUGUUGUAUUGUUUUUAUGCCUGUUUUUAUAUGUUUUUAUACUUUUAACAUGAUCUUUUUAUUGUCUUUUUAUUGUAUGUUUUUAACUUUUGUAAACUGCGUUGGGGUUAUCUUUUUAACGAAAGGUGGUAUAUAAAAGCAAAAAUAAAAUAAAAUAAAUAAACUUUUGGUGUCAA